AUGGAAGAAGUUGACAUAACCCUCAUUAGUGGGGGUGAUGGAACAACGACAACAACAACAAAUAAACCUGCACCCUCACCAAUUUUGAAUGAUGAUGACAAUGAUGAUGAUGGAACAACAACAACAACGACAAAUAAACCUGCACCCUCACCAAUUUUAUUCGAGAAUGAAGAAGAACAAUCGACGACGACGACGUUGGAACCAAUUUUACCUUCUACUACCGGAAACGAAUCAAGUACAACUCUUGUGAUGACCAGGGAAAGGCUAUUACUCAAUAGUUCAACAUUUGAAACAUCAACUUCAGCUGUUACUUCAACUUCUACAACUACAGCGAAUACUAUGGCGGAUGAUAGUUCUUCAUUUAAGAUCUUGUUGGGGAUACCCGAUAAUGAUGAGGAUAAUAAUAUAAAAUUUAGUGAAGGUUAUGACUGGGAGAAAAACAAGAUUCAAAAUGAUACAACUAAUAAAAAAGAUAGGGGAAAUGAUAUGAAUGAAAAAAAAGAUAAGGCUUUGGAAAAUAAUCUAAUCAAUGAAGGGAUUUUUUAUGUAGACGCAGAUGAAGAAGAAGAAGCAGGACGGCUAUAUGAAAAUGAACUUAUUUAUAUGGAAGGCGGGGUUGAAAAUUAUAAACAAAUCUUACCUUUAAAUAUAGACCAAGAAGAUGAAAACCCCCUCCCCCCUCCAUUUGUUGAUGUUGAUGAUACAAACCAAAACGAAAAUGAUGUAAUUUUAAUGGAGGGAGGAUUAACUAAUUACACCCAAAUUGUGAAAUCUAAUAUAUUAGAUCCAAAAGAAGAAUUUCUCACCAAUAAUGAAAUGAAUCAAAUUAUUUAA